GGGCUCUAGGAUACUGGUUCAAAUCCCUCCCCCCGUAGCGAAAAUGCACACGGUGGAGAUGUCUGCGUUUCUCCCGCCCCACUCAGAAACGCUGGAGGUAGAACAGAGAAAGGAACUGUGCCCGUGGACGAGGACUUCCCAGAUGUGAUGGAACUGCAGGUUAAUCCUGUCACACUGUAAAACCUGCUUCGGUUCUCCCACUGGCUGAAGCUGUAUAUGCACUUGCUUAACUCCUUCUAUUCUGGACCCUUUUCUGCAAAAGGAAUGUUUGCAGUCUCAUUUCUCCUCACUUUGCAUGGUGUGGUGGCUGUGCACUCUGCCGUUGCUCCUCCCCCUGAGUUUGAAUACCCAGGAAAGCUGGGGCUGUGCUGUUACCUAGGCGAUGGAUGGGCAGAGGAGACCGGAGGGGGCAACGGUGAGGGAGACAACAGCCGGGAUGGUAUGGGGGGUGGGUCCCUUGGGCACACACCCCCAGGCCGGUGCAGCGUCUCCUCCCCCGCCCGUUUCCGCCAGUCAGCCCUGACCUCCCAAAACCACAGCGGUAAGCUUAGAGUUGUGUGUCUGGAUGUCUUAUGCUGGGUUACCGGGGACAGGCGGCACCUAGUUUGCGAGCGAAAUUUGCGCGGCGGGAAUGUGGCCGUGGGCGGGGUCGUGACCCUGAGCUUGCUGCGUUUACAAUCAGAUCAGCAAAUGCAGGCCACACCUUCUGCACUGCCAGACGGGGUCACACACAGUUGCCAGGAAGAGGGUGUGGGUGUAUUUUGGUGUGCUCUUCCUCCUGGCUCGAUGCGUGACGCAGUGACCCUGAGGGUGAAUGUCGCCCGUGGUAACCGCUCAGCGCUCUCUCCAGAGAUUUCCUUUGUCCCGCAGAAGCUUGUGAGACCAGACCCCCCGGUAAAGCUGUGGUACAACAUGACCACUGAGGGAGAGCUGAGGCUGCACUGGACUCCCCCGCAACCCGUCACCGGCCCUCUGACCUACGAUGUUCGUUACUCCUCCAACACCUCCCUCAACAGCUGGGUGCAUGUGAAUAAGGUGAUAACUCAGCCUGUGACUCUGACGGGCAUGAAUGCAGGCGUGACCUACACCGUUCAGGUGCGCUGUAAGAUCCUGGGCAAGCCAGGCCUGUGGAGCGAGUGGAGCCAGUCCCUCUUCAUAUACCUGCAUGAAGUCACAUAUCUCCCCAAAUCAGUAUUCACCAGCGAGGGAGCCAAUGUGACCGUAUACUGCAUAUUCAAUAACCAGAGCCUCAGUGCCAGGAAUGUGGUUUGGUGGCUGAAUAUCCAAGAGAAGGUUCCAGAAAGUCUGUACACCAUCGUCAAUGACCGCGUGAGCCGCGUCACCGUGCCGAACGUGAGGCCGCUCAAACGGCAGCAGUACAACGUCCUCCAGUGCUGCCAGCGGAGCGGAGAGACGUCCCUCUGCAGCUACCGCUAUGCUUCUCUCUACACUGACGGUGUCAGUGUCGCCAUAUCCUGUGAGACCAAUGGGGACCUCAGUGCCAUGACCUGCAGGUGGAACAUUAGCCUGGGGGUCAGGUUCUAUUACAGAACCAGUGAUGUGCCUUUUGACAUUGCAGAGGAGCAAAUGGCGGUGUCUAAAGAAGAGGAGUGUCCUUCUGAGGGGCGGGGCUUAAAGAGUUGCACCUUCCAGCCCUUUCUCCCAUUCUCUUACUACAUGAUGUGGCUGGAGUUUGGGACUGAAGAGGGGACAGUUAAGUCCCAGCCUGUGUAUGCCUUGCCCAUGGAUUUGGUUAAGCCAUACCCUCCAUUUGACCUGGAGGCUGUCACUGUGCCUGAGGGGUACCUGAGAGCCACAUGGAAGCGGCCUGAACUACCCACCUAUGAUCUCCUGUUUGAAGUGCGCUAUGCGGUGGACGGGCCCGACCCACUGUGGAGGGUUUACAAAUCUGAAGUAAAUCUGACGGUUGUUUUUCCUGUGUCGGACCCUUGUGCAGUUUACACUAUUAUGGUGCGUUGCAAACGCCUCCAUGGGUCAGGGUUCUGGAGUGAAUGGAGUGAUCCCCAUUACUCUGCUGUCCAGAUCUCCAGAGCUCCUGAACAGGGACCCGAUUUCUGGAGGGUUCUAAAAGAUGACCGAGAACGGAAUCAGUCCAAUGUCACCCUCCUCUUUGCGCCACUGACUGGAGAAGGGACUCUCUGCUGUGUCACGGGCAUUGUAGUUCAGCACCAGACCACAGGAGGCGCUGUGUGGAUAGAACAGCUUGGCCUCGUAUCCACAUACACCUUUCCCUGGAGAGAGGAGGUCCACACCGUCACCGUCAUGGCCAUCAACUCCCUGGGGCCCUCAACGAGGAACGCCCACAUGACGCUAAUGAGAAAAGCCAGCAAACCGAGGUCCGUCUCCUCGUUCAGCUCGGUGAUGAUUAACGACAGCUGCGUGGCGCUGGUGUGGAGCCUGUUCCCCAACUCCUCUGCCCCGGCGUCGUUCGUGGUGGAGUGGAGCAGCCGGAGCCGGGGGAGGGGCCGGGGCGACGCGUGGCUCAGAGUGAAAUGGGUUCGAGUCUCUGCCCCCAGCCGCUCGCUUUAUCUCCAUGAUAGAUUCUAUGUGUCUGAAGAAUAUCAGUUUGCUUUGCACCCAAUCUUUGCUAAUGGAGAGGGAGAGCCAUUCUACAAUAAAGAAGACAGGGGGCGCCCCAGUGCCCAGCAUGCUGCCUAUGCCCUCCUGCUGAUUAUCGCCUUCAUGUCGGUGGUGCUGUUUCUGACUCUGGCUGCAUCCCAGCGACAGAUGAUGAAGCUUGUUUGGAAGGAUGUUCCUAAUCCCAACAACUGCUCUUGGGCCCAAGGUGUGGACUUUAGGAAGGCAGAGGCUGUUGAGAACCUGUUCAGACACCCCGAGCGCCUGACCUCCUGCCCCCUCCUUCUGGAAAUGGAGACCAUCUCGGAGGCGGUGAUUGUGGAGAAGGCCCACCCGAAAGCUGCGUCGGAGAAGGACCGGGCGGCGUGGGCGGAGAAGGCUCUGCGCGCCGCGGUCACCCCCUUCUCCUCAGCGGGCAGCUCGGCGCAGUCCAGCGUCGCCUACGCCACGGUCCUGCCCUCCGUGGAGGGGGGCCGCGCCCGCCGGAAGCCACAGGAGAGCCUCAGUAGCUGCUCCGACGAGGGCAACUUCUCUGCCGACACCUCGGACAUGUCCGGGUCCUACCCGGGGGCGCUGUGGGAGCCGGAGGGCAUGCCGUCGAACCCGCGCCACCCGUGCCACUCAUGCGCCUCAACCGAGGAGUUCUCGGAGAACUCCGACCAGGAGGACCAGUCUCUGGACGGGACGGGCUCGAGGCAGGACUUGUACUAUCUGGGGACGAUCUCGCAGAGCGAAGAGGGGGAGGAAGGGAAACCAUUUCACAGAGAGUCCACCCUGGGGCGCUGUCUGGAGUCCAGCCCCCUCCUCGGUCAACAGGAGCCCUGGUCCCAUGGGGAGGAGAGGUCGGGGAAGGGUGUCCCACUCUACAUGCCUCAGUUCCAAACAGUGGUCACAGAAAGUCAAAGCACAAAAGGGCUGUGAACUUGCUUACGUGAAGCCGAAAUGUGCUUUUGAAUGAAUGUUUACCAGUGGAUAGAACUUGGUUCUGAAUCAUAACUGGUGGCAAAAGAUGAUUGCAGGACUCCUGGGUCCUGGGCAACACACUAGUGUUGUACUCAGGAGGAUGGUAAAUAUCCGUCUGUUUAAAUGAAUUGCUUGUAAAACCUGAGCUGUUAAUCGCCCUCUUUAAAGGUGUCUGCUCAUUUCAACAAACAACACAGGCUACCAGGGCUUGGAUCAAUUCUGAAAUUGCCUUAAUAUCUUUUUGGAACUGGCACACGCACAUUAAUUCUUAAUAUGUUUCCUUAUAUUUUGUACACCUACAAUGCUAGAAAAUAAAAUCCCAAUUCUACUACAUCAUUCAGAACUGAAUUGGAAUUGAUAAAAACACCACUUGGAACUGAGCCUAAUCCCCAUAUGUUACAAUACCUCAGUAAGCACUAUAGGCUUAAAGCUGUGCUUGCAUUUCUUUAUCUUACCAAUGACUUAAUUUGUCUGUAUAGCAAACUCUUGUUGAACAUCAACUGACUGGUGUGAACAAGUUAAGUGUCAUUUCUGAACUGUGAAGUUCAUUGUUACAGGGAUAUAGAUGUUGCCUCUGAAAUUUUGUAUUUAAAAAUGUACCAUCUGUUUUUCAUGCCUGCCAUUUUGUAAUGAUCGUAGUGGCUAAUCGAAUAGAAUUGUAAUUCUAACUAUCAGAUAAACAUCAAAUGUAUUUUGUGUUGGGUGUUUGUGCCCAUUCUCCAGUGAAUCCAUUGUAAGAGUAUAUUUUUGUGGUUAAAAUAAAAUAUUUAUUGCCA